AGUUUCUUGACCAGUUCCUCUUCUAAAGUGGAUCAAUAACAAACUUUACUGGUUUUUCUUCAAACUUAAACUACAGAUUAAAAUGAGUGGCGGAGUUUACGGAGGAGACGAAGUUGGCGCGAUCGUGUUCGACAUUGGCGCCCAUUCAGUUCGGGCCGGUUAUGCUGGUGAAGAUUGUCCUAAGUAUGACAUCCCAACACAUGUAGGAACCUUAGAAGAGGAAGUCAAAGAUGAAAUUAUGGAAACUGAUGCUCCUCCUGAAGAGAAGCCAAAACUUCCAGAGAAAAAAUACUACAUCGACACCAAUUACAUCCAUCUUCCUAAAGAGAACAUGGAAAUUAUUAAUCCAGUUAAGGAUGGAAUGAUUGAAGAUUGGGAUACAUUUGAGAAACUGCUGGACUAUAUGUAUGCGAAGGACAUCAAGUCUGAAUCAGCUCUUCACCCUGUGGUUAUGUCAGAAGCUUCAUGGAAUGUACGUGCAAAGAGAGAGAAACUUACAGAACUGAUGUUUGAAAAAUAUAAUAUCCCAGCAUUCUUUCUGUGCAAAAGUGCAGUGCUCACAGCAUUUGCAAAUGGUAGAUCCACUGGACUAGUUAUAGAUUCUGGAGCAACACAGACCAGUGCUGUGCCUGUUCAUGAUGGAUAUGUUCUUCAACAAGCAAUUGUCAAGUCUCCCUUAGCUGGGGACUUCAUCACUGCUCAGUGUCGACAAAUGUUUGAAGAACAGAAUAUUGAAAUUGUCCCGCCUUACCUCAUUGCUAGUAAGGAAGCCUCCAAAGAAGGUGGGCCUGCUAUUUUCACCAAGAAGAACAAUAUUCCACCACUUACGAAAUCAUUUCACAGACACAUGGUUACUGAAACCUUACAAGAUUUCCAGGCGAGUGUGCUCCAAGUAUCCGAUGGUCCCUAUGAUGAAAGCAUUCUUGGCAAUAUUCCUGGAGUGGUUUACGAAUUUCCAAAUGGUUAUAACAACACAUUUGGUGUGGAGAGAUUUAAGAUUUGUGAAGGACUCUUUGAUCCCUCAAAUGUCAAGGGUAUUGAGGGAAGCACAGCUAUUGGUGUCACACAAGUGGUCACCACAAGUGUAGGAAUGACAGACAUAGAUAUAAGAGCUGGUUUGUUUGGAUCUGUUAUCGUCACGGGCGGAAAUACUCUGUUACAAGGUUUUAAUGAAAGACUGAAUCGAGAGCUUCUUUCUAAAACACCACCAAGCAUGAGAUUAAAGCUGAUAUCUAGUGCGCCCACGGAAAGACGAUUUAACCCAUGGAUAGGCGGUUCUAUUCUCGCAUCACUGGGCUCAUUUCAGCAAAUGUGGAUAUCAAAACAAGAGUACGAAGACCAAGGAAAGGGAUGUGUCGAAAGAAAAUGUCCUUGACGACUUCGUCUUUGGCAGCAACUGUAGUGUAUAUUUAAUGUAUCAUAAUAGAUUUCGCCAGAUCACCGUAAAGCUCUUUUUGUAACGUUUUUAUAUUUCAGAAUAGCGUAUGAACAAUACUUGAGGUUGUUUUUCGAACCAGGGGUAAACUGAGCAACUAAACAGAUUGACUAACUGUGACGUUUUCCGAGCACAGUUAACAGCAAUAGACAUGAAAUCUCAACACGAUUGACGACGAAUGCUGUCACGUUUUCUUAACCAAAGAAAAAACCCACAACUCAAGGUUGUAAAAUGUCUCUCAAGUAAAUCAACAAAAUAUGA